GUUGUAUUUCGAAUAUUACAGUUCUAUGAUCCCGAAGAAAUCACUACAAUUAUGAUGAAAUCGUUCAGUAUUAUUGCAGAUACAUUGGUAAUGGUUUUAGCUAAACUUCUUGAAUUUGCAUUUGAUAUUUUCGAUUAAAUGGAAUCAUACUUGAAAGCAUUAGACACAAAAUGAAGCGAAAAAUCCUACAAUAUAGCAAGAUCAAAGUUGCUGUGAAAGAAAAUUAUUAAAAAUAAUGAAUAAUAAAAAAGUCAGAGAAACUAUAAAAAUUGUAUAUCAAACGAAAAAUUGGAAAUAUUGAAAAAACAUAAUUUUUUGGUUUUAAAAAAAGCAAAAUGGCCGUAGCUGUACGCUUAGUUGAGGUUCUGACCUUAAUUACACUGCUAGGAAUGCUGACAGGAAUAUCUAUUGUGAUCGUGAUUCUGCAACGCGUAAUCGUGAUUACUUUAUAUCUGCUCGGUCCCAUAACAGCAACAGUGGGCGGUAUACUAUAUGCUUCAGAAAAAAUACUUGUCGGAGCAUUAAUGAGUAUACUGAACUUAACUACAGCACUUAGUACCUCAACUUAAACCUACAACGUAUUUCAAAUUCUUGAUUGUACUAAAGGGGACUACUAUUACUCAUGUACUUUAAAGAUAAAAAAAUCGUAAAAUUUAUGUAAUGUCAUGGAUAACUUAUGUUUAUUUUAUUUAUAUUUGCGUACUAUUAUUAGUGUUAAAAUUUUCAAGUUUUCAAAUACACAGUAGUAAAAUCUA